AUGCAUCGAUCCGUCUUCUCUGAAUAUCCUCCCCCUGCGUCCUUGAGCGGCAGUCCAUACAUCCUGGAGAUGUCGGACUUUUUCGCGUACCAGGCCGAGAGAGCUCUCGAAGACGACAGCGAAACCGCCCAGAGUCUCUUUUCGGACCUGGCGUUGCAGUCGACCUGCCAGCCACUGUCGAUGGCUCCGGGAGAUUUCAGCACUGUCUCUGGAGCAGGCUACUGUGUCCUCGAUCCAUCCCUGAGUUUUGCGCCGUACACAGGAUCCCAAACGGCCGGCACUUAUGAUGAAUCAACGUUAUCAUCGAACUACUUUCUGGAAGAGCCUCUGGCGCAUCCAUACACCAUGCCAUCGAGUCCGUAUCUCGAUGCGGAUCUCACGCAAGUACAUCACCACCAGCAACCCCAUGUGCAACUGCAAUCACAAUCACAAUCACAAUCACGACGACAGCAACAACAACGGACCCCUCACAGCCCAUCGUUGCGAUCAGAAUCCCCCGACACAGGAGACCUGACAAACUACGGGAUCCGAAACGCAGAUGGGACCUGGCGCUGCGCGCAUGUUGGGUGUUCGUCAAGGACGGUGUUCACGCGCGCCUGCGAUCUGCGCAAGCACUUCAACCGGCACAACAAGUACCUUUUCUGCCGCUACGAGGGCUGUCCCCAGGCGACGGAAGGGGGCUUCUCGAGCAAGAAGGACCGGGCUCGACAUGAGGCCAAGCACAAUCCGGAGAUCAAGUGCGAAUGGAAGGGGUGUGGUCGAGUGUUCAGCCGGGUAGACAAUAUGAAAGACCAUAAUAGACGCAGUCCUGCGUCAAUGAAUAUAACUAGAUGGAAUGGAAUGGAAAUGGAUUGGAACUGGAACUGGCGCUCAACCCAAAUUCAGCAAAUAGAGAUUGAGAUUCCGUCUCUGACUUACACAGACUAG